AUGGUUCCCAAAAUCCAACUCAUUUUGUGCAUCCAUCACCACCACCACCAAACUCCUAUAGCCCUCAAAUUAGUAGCAGUAGUGAAAAAGUACCUGAAACACAAUUUGAAGACAUGGCUCAACAUUUCAAAGGAUUCGGUAACAGGAACUGAUCAAAAGGCUGAAACCUUUUGGCGGAGGAUUGAACAUCAAUACAACAAGUACCGCAAAGUAGGUUCUCCUGAGAAGCAAUGGUCUCAACUGAAGUCUCGCUUUCAUACAUUGAGUAAAGCGGUCUCAACUUUUGUCGGUUGCUACAAGAAAGUUACCAACCCUCCGAAGAGCGGCUACUCUGAGAGAGAUAUCAUGGCUGAUGCAUGUUCAUUGUAUAAUGCAAUGGAAAAGACUAAAACAUUCAAUUUUGAGCAUGCAUGGCGGGUGUUGAAAGAUGAACCCAAGUGGAAAGGAGAAGCAAUGCCAAUCUAUUCUCAGCAGUCACAACAUUCUACUAAUGGGGUGCACACAUCAAUCGAUGGUUCAGAACAUGAGGUAGUACAAAUAUUUUCCCGUCCACCAGGUCAGAAAGAUAUGAAGGCAAAGGCAAAGGCUAAGGCAAAGGCUAAGGCAAAGGCAAAGGCAAAGGCUACAACAACUUCCAACAAUGAACAACAGAUGGCAGAGGCGGAAUCUCUUGUCAAGGAAAAAGAGGAAAGGAUGGCAAGACUUGAGCGUUUAAAGAAGAAUGACCAGCUGAAGAUGUUAAAUGAUAUCCUUCUCCAAGACACAUCUAACAUGAAUGAGGAACAAUUAGCAGAUUUUAAGAACAUAUGUGUGUACACUAGGCGCCAAUUAGAGGACUUGUUUAAGGAAUAA